CUGGAAGCUUUGUCCAGCUUUCCAGUGAGUCGGUCUUCAGACUUGUCUUGGACCAAGCCAUGAGGUCCUUGGUAGCCUUCAUCUGCCUAGCUCAGCUCCUGAGCUUUGCGACUGCUCGGAGUCCUCCUCUUCCCCCAGUGAGGGACCCGAACUGUGACGACCCAGAUGUAGAACAGGCUGCCUUGGCAGCCGUGCAGUAUGUCAAUAGCAACCACAGGCAUGGAUACAAGUAUGCUCUGAAUCAGAUUGACAAAGCGAGAGUGUACCAAAGGCGGCCCUCGGGAGAGGUGUAUUCACUGGAGAUCGACUUGUUGGAAACCACCUGCCAUGUUCUGGACCCGACCCCCCUGGAAAACUGCACCGUGAGGCAGCUGACCGAACACGCCGUGGAAGGAGACUGCGAUGUCAGUGUGCUGAAACUCGACAACCAGUUUACGGUAUCAUACGCCAAGUGCAAGUCCAGUCCAGACUCAGCAGAAGAUGUACGGAAAAUCUGCCAGGACUGUCCCCUGCUGGCACCCUUGAAUGACACCAAGGUGGUCCACACUGUUGAGGCUGCCCUGGCUGCCUUCAAUGCCCAGAACAACACCAGUUACUUCAAGCUGCUGGAGAUCUCCAGGGCUCAGUUUUCGCCUCUCCAGUCCACCAUCUAUGUAGAGUUUGUGAUCGUACCCACUGACUGUGCACCAAAAGAUGUGGUUGACCCAGCCUCAUGCAACCUGCUGACAGACCAGUACGGCUUCUGCAAGGCAACACUGACCCAGAAAGAUGGCCAGGAAGGGGUUGCUGCGUCCUGUACGGUCUUUUCAACUGUGCCUGUGGUUCCUGGACCCCAACCUGAUGGAGCAGGACCUACUGUGGGACCCGCUGUGGCUGCUGGACCCGCUGUGGCUGCUGGACCCCCUGUGGCUGCUGGACCCCCUGUGGUUCUUGGAUCCCCUGUACUCCCUGGGAAACCCAUGUUGAGCCAUUUGCCCCAUCAUGACCUCAGGCAUUCCAUUGUUGGGAUGGCUUCCUUAGAAUCUGCCUCAGGGGAACACGGCCCUGCUGCAGGGCCUGUCCUGACAGGUCCUGGCCUUGUUAUCCCACAAAUCCCUCUAUGUCCAGGCAGGACCAGGUACUUCAAGGUCUAAUGGUUUUUUUCCAGCUCUGGAAUUAAACCAUCACCUGACAAGUGUUCCUAUCUUUACAAAUGUAGUAGAGGGGGAUAGGAAGCAGGGCUCUGCCAUUUUGUCAAAGCUGGGGAAUGGGGUGGGAGUUCAGGGAGGAAAUGCCCUUUCUUUGGUAUUUCUCCUGGCUCAGGCUAUGGGUCAAAGGAAAGAGGAAUUCCUAAAACCCUCCCCCUUCCCCAUACCUUACAAGACAGAAGGGGAGGAAGGAAUGGCCAUAUUGGAUGGAUAAGGCUAGGGACUCACACAUUCUGAUCAAUGUUCCCGGUGCCCUGACUCGACACUCAAUUGACACUAGAUGGUCAUCACUGUAUACUCUGACUUCUUGAUCUUGUCACAGCCAAAAGAAAUGUGAUUUGAGAGGUGCUAUUGCCAAUCUUGUGGCUUCUUGGUAAGAAAACUACCUUAAUAAACAAGUCUUCUGAAA